AUGAUCAGCCCUCGAUGGACUCCUCGGGCGACAGCGACCGUCGCUUAUCUUUGCAUUCCCUGCCCUUGCAGAAGAAGCUUCGGCACAACUAGAAGCGACGGCAACGAUGAUGGCUCCGAGACGAAUCGUCGGCGCAGAUAUUCAAGCCCUACGUUAAAAGGCGAAACCCCCCUUUAUCGAGCGAGGAAGGUCGAAGCGAAUAGUGACGGUUCCAGAGUUGAAGCAGAUCGGCGACCUCGACGGCCUCAAGCAGGGUCUAGUAAAAACGAUGGAAGAAUAGAAGACGGAGAUGCAAAAGGCAGCAGCGGAGACUAUUGGCCGCAGCUACAGAGAAGAGAAAGAGCCAAAAGACGAGCAGACGAUGGCGGCGACAGCGGCGACGGCGCGGCAAACGCUGCCCUCGCCAGCGUUUUUGCCCCGCGACUCAAUAUCCAGAAUCCGCAGGGCACAAAGGACUCGUCGCUGGUGAUGCUCGUCAUUGAUGGGCUGUCGUCUAAUCUCAACGCAGCGGACUUUUACCGCAUUGCGCCAAAGGAUUUGUCGAAUUGGCAGAGCGUGAUCAAGAAAGAUUCCUUCGAACCGCUUGGCCGCUACCUGCUCACCUUUAGCACAGCCCAAGCCGCGGCCUCGUACCGCGAUCGGCUCGUCCGGCUGCAUAAACUCAACGGCUUCAAGCUGCGAUCUGCAAGUGGCCUCUGGGAGAGCAGCGUCCCUGCGGCUCUCAAAGUGUCUCUUACGUCCCCUUUAGCAGCAGCAUCAGGACCAACCACGACGACAGGAACAGCAAAAGCAGCAGUUGCUAAAACUAUCAGUGAUGCGGUUGCUUCUUCUGACUUGCCACUCAGCAACACAGAGAGCGUGGUCGAUUUGGCCAACUCCUUCACCAUUGCACCUGCUUCUCAGGAAACGCUUUCGGUUCAGCGCAGAAAAGUGACCCUUACCCGGCCGUGGGCGAAGCGUUUGGCCGGCAUGGUCGAGAAUCUCGGAUUCGGCGAACUGCCGCAUGUAUUGAUGCUGGAGGUCUACCCGCCUACUCUGAGUGCUGGGGAGCUCAACCAGUUCAUCCGACGAGAUGGCGAAAGCAGAGGCCUGAGGUGGCCGGUGUCUGCUCCCCAGCAUCUCAAGAUGAAUAGUAAUCUAGAGCAAGCUCCAACAAGAACAAGGGGCUCAAGGACAAAAGAUAUUGAUCAGGGUGAGGAUCAGGAUAAGGAAGACAAAGCAGCGUCAAACCGGCAGCAACAGGGCUCAUCGUUCAAGUUCAACGAUCGCGAGACGGAAGAGAAGCUCAAAGGCCGGUUCGUGCUUGCAUGCACCGACGAGGCAGAGGCACGGCGCUUUCAGCAGAGCUGGAACAACAGAGCGUUGACGACGCUGCGGCCGCAACCAGCUAGAUAUGUAGUUUAUGCAUCAAUAAUAAGCUGGUAA